UGAGUGCCCAGUUGCCACAGAGACCACUGCAGAUGUAUCUGCUGGUAAAAGAGAGGACUUAUCGACAGAUACACAUCUUUCCUCAAUGCUGCAUCGAUACCUGCCACACUUCUUUAACGAUGACUCCAUUCCACCACAGCAGACAGUAGAGGGAACCACUGAGGUCUCAGUUGCUCCAGUGGCAAUAUCUAAUAUCAAGGAAGAGGACAGAUUCUAUCCUUUCUCCCUCCCACCACUGGCUCAGCGGUUCAUUGGCAAUUCAUUCAAUGUCCCGGAAACCUCCCAGCCUGCUGUUUCAGCCACGGAGUGCCGAGUUGCCAAAGAGGCCACUGCAGGUACAGCCACUGUCAAGAGAGAGAACCUAUGGGCAGCUAGAAUUCUUCCUUCAGUGCUGCCUCCAUGCCUGCCACCAGUCAUUGACGAUGACUUCAUGCCUCCAGAGCACACAGUAGAGGAUGCCUAUGAGGUCUCAUUUGCUACAGAGGCCACUUCAGGCACAGCUACUGUUGAUGGAGUGGACAGAUCCGCAGCUAAAUGCCCUGUCCCAAUGCUGCCUCCACUGCCAUGUGUUUUUGACAUUGACUACAAACUGCCAGGGGCGGCAGUAGAGGGAACCAACAAGUGUCCAGUUGCCAAUGAAACAACCAAUGAUGUGUCCACUCACCUCAAAGAAGACAUGGCAGCCGAUCAAAGCCCUCCUGACUCUGCAGCACUGCCUCCAAGCUCGCCAUGUAUCCGUGACUCUGAACACAAACUGACCAAGGAGGAAAAAGAGGAUGCCACUGAGUUCUCCCUUGCCACAGAGAUCACUGUAGGCACAUCCAUUGUCCAGGGAGAGGACCUAGAUAAAAGCCCUGCUCCAAGACUGCCUCCAAUCUUGUCACACAUUUUGGACAAUGACCAUAAGCAGCCAGAGGAGACGAAGGAGAGCGCCACUAAGUGCUCAGUCGCCGCUAAUAGCGAGGAUCCAUCGGCAGCUACAGGUCUUCCCUCAGUGCUGCCUUCAAGCCUGCAACUUGUCUUUGACAAUGACUACAAACGGCCAGAGGAUGCAGUAGAGGGUACCAGCAAGUGUCCAGUUGCCAGUGAAGCAGCCGCUUCCGUGUCUACUGUCCUCCAAGAGGAGUUUUUGACUGAUAAAAGUCUUCCUGCACCCGCAGCACUGUCUCUAAGCCUACCCUGCACCCACAACAUUAACCACAAACAGCCAGAGGAGACAGUUGAGAACACCACAGAGUGCUCAGUUGACAUAGAGGCAAGUGCAGUUGCAUCCACUGUCAAGAGAGAGGAAAUGAUGGGUGAUAAAUGCCCUGUCCUUGCACUUCCUCCAAGCCUGGCAUGCAUCCAUGACAAGGACCACAAGCAGCCAGAUCAGAAAGGGAGGGGCACUACUGAGGAGGUGGAUAUCUGCCCUCACGCUCACCAGCUGGUCUCAGAUGCUGACUUAACUCUGGCAACAUGCAAUGAUGAGCCGCCCACCCCUCUGAUCUGCAUUGUCACUAAGAUGCCUGUUAGAGUGGGAGCCUCCAUAUGCAGGUCAGAGGAUGAGGAACCCAGGCCCUGGACCCUGGAAGAGGCAAAGGAUUGUUGGAUAAGACUUGAAAUUGAGAGUGAAGAGAGGAGCGUCAAGGAUGUGAGCCCGAGGGAGAGAGAGAGAAAGGAGAUGAAACACAAGCAGGAGGAGCAAAAAAAGAGGGAGGAGCAAAAAAAGAGGGAGAAGAAAGACAUGAAGGAGAGAGAGAAAGAGCAGAAGAAAGUCAUGAAGGCUGAGAAGAAGAGGGAGAAGUUAGAACAGAAAAAGAGAGAGAAGGAAAGAAAAGAGAAGGAAAAGGCAGAGAAAAAGAGGUUACAGGGGCUGAUGAAGAUACAUAAUGACAUGAUGAAAGACAGGAUUAAGAAAGAGAAGAAGUGUUCUGAGGAGCUGAAAAAGAGAGAGAAAGCUCAAGCUGAGUUCCUGGAGAUGGAGAGAAAGAUUCAAGUUAAAGAGGAGAAGAAGAGAGAAAAGAUGAGGAAAGAGGAGAGGAAGAGACUGGAGAAGAAGAAAGAGGGAGCCAGCUGGAGGUGGAACUGAGAAGGUGAUAGAAGAGCAGGGAAGGGAUGAAAGCUUGAAGAUGGAUGAGUAGACUGGGUAAUAGAGAGAGA